AUGCACUUAACGGAUAUCAUCUUGGGUGCGCUCAUCACUGUGAUCACCGUUGUCUCUCUAUGUUCGAACUUGCUGGUGCUUCUAUGUUUCAUUUAUAGCACCGAGGUACGCGCUCAGGUGCCGGGAGUCUUUAUCCUGAAUCUGUCAUUUUGCAACAUCAUCAUCGCUAUAAUGAACAUGCCCGCAACAUUGGCUGGAGUUGUCACAAACCAGAAGCCAUUUGGUGAUGCGUUUUGUUCCGCAAUUAGUUUCAUGGAGACAUUUCUGACAGCCAACACCACUCUCAGUAUGGCUGCGCUGAGCAUCGACAGGUGGAUAGCGGUGGUUUUCCCGCUCAGCUACUCCAACAAGAUGCGCUAUAAGGACGCACUUGGAAUGCUGGCAUACGCUUGGCUCCAUUCGUUUGCCUUUUCCAUUUGUGCGCUGUUACUCUCUUUGGUUGGAUACAGCCAUACAUACGCGUCUUGCACUCUGCACUUGACCGAAAGAGAAAAGGGACGGACGAAGUUCAUCGCGUUUUCAGUUGUAUUUCUUAUCGCCAGCUUUUUGCUCCCCCUAAUCAUCCUGUGUUUCACAUAUCUGAAAGUUCUGAAAGUUGCCCGUUUCCACUGCAAACGAAUAGAUGUCAUAACGGUGCAAACGCUGCUUGUUUUAGUGGAUAUCCAUCCCAGUGUGAAACAGCGGUGCCUCUUAGAACAGAAAAAGAGGAGACAGAGAGCAACUAAGAAAAUCUGUAUAUUCAUUGGAUCCUUUGUUCUUUGUUUCGCGCCCUAUGUAAUAACAAGGUUAACUGAACUGACACCAGGCAUCCAUGUGAACCACCACUGGGGGAUUCUGAGUCGAUGUCUCGCCUACAGCAAAGGAGCGCUCGAUCCGUUUGUCUACUCCCUCCUCCGCCAGCAGUACAGGAAGGCUCUGAUCAACAUGACCAACCGUGUCCUGGGCCGCGACACAUACCUGUCAUCCUCUGGCCACAGCAGCUCUGCGGACAUGGACAACAACAAUGAUGCUGCUGGUGGUGCUUUUCAGAGAGUCAGCUAGUCGCUUUAAAAGCUAAAAGGCCAAGCUAACCAUUAACUUAUCUACAGGCUGAGAGGAGCUGACAUCCUCUUAACCAUGCACCAGCACUGUGUGGGACCAGCCCUGGAGGGGAAGAGAAAGAAAGUGCUGAGUCAGCGAGUGACUAAUGGCUUUGACCACCCAAGAAGAGGGAGGUAGUCUGUUAACUACUUACAGUACUGUACACUGAGAGAAUGCUGAUGAUGCAGUCAAUAGAGGUGACUGUCUGUGUUCUUUGUAGCCUU